UGUUGGAGCAGUGUGCGCAUGCGUAGUGCCGCGCGGUCCGGGUUCCACACUCACCUGGUUCCGCGCGCUGCCCGCCCGGGCUUUCGGGGAUAGGUUCAUUCCGACAGCCCGGGGUUGCGCGCUCUCAGGGCACUGCCUCCCGUGGCGUAGCAGUAGCUAUAGCUGCAAGUGUCGGUCUGUCCGGUCGUUCCAGCAGCCGGGGUGGGUGAGACAGACUGAGGAACACCAACCCCGGCGAAGAUGAUGAGGUUUCUGCGGAGGACGUUUGGGCGCCGCUCGGUCCGCCGCUACACGGAUGAGCGGGAUGGUGGAAGAGGAGGCGGGAGCGCCGCAGUUCGGGACCUGGGCACUGUUGCCGGCGCUGGGGUUCGGUCUUCCACACCUGUUCCCAGUGGCACCAUGGUACACAUCCCUGCAGCAGGCAACAGCAAGUCGAUCCUGACCUGCAAAGUGCAGCUUUUGGAUGGUACAGACGUCAGUGUGGAACUGCCGAAAAAUGCAAAAGGUCAAGAUCUAUUAGACCAGAUUGCUUACCAUUUGGACCUUGUGGAGGUAGACUACUUCAGUCUGCAAUUCAUCGAUGUCUAUCAAGUUUCGCACUGGUUAGACUGCACAAAACCUAUCAAGAAACAAGUGAAAAUUGGACCUUACAGUUUCUACUUCAGAAUAAAAUUCUAUUCCUCUGAACCAAACAAUCUUCGAGAAGAGUUUACACGAUAUCUCUUUGUGUUGCAACUUAGACAAGAUAUUCUUUGUGGCAAAUUGAAAUGUCCUUAUGAUAUUGGUGUAGAAUUGGCUGCUUAUUGUCUUCAAGCGGAGCUUGGGGACUGUGAACCUCUGGAACAUUCUCCAGAACUGGUGUCAGAAUUCCGGUUUAAUCCUAAUCAAACUGAGGACAUGGAGAUAGAUAUUUUUGCACGGUGGAAGGAUUGCAGGGGGAAAAGCCCAGCACAGGCAGAACUCUGUUACUUGAACAAAGCUAAAUGGCUAGAAAUGUAUGGUGUGGACAUGCAUACUGUCAAGGGAAGAGAUGGCUAUGAAUAUUCCCUUGGCUUGACACCAACAGGCAUACUAAUCUUUGAAGGAUCAAACAAAAUAGGCCUAUUCUUUUGGCCGAAAAUUACGCAGCUCGAUUUCAAAAAAAACAAAUUAACACUUGUUGUUGUGGAGGAUGAUGAACAAGGUAGAGAGCAAGAGCACACAUUUGUUUUCCGAUUAGAUAAUUCCAGAGCAUGUAAACAUUUGUGGAGAUGUGCUGUGGAGAAUCAUGCGUUUUUCAGACUACGAGCUCCUACUCAAACUAAAGAGGGACGAUCAGAUUUCAUGCGUCUGGGAUCUCGCUUUAGAUUCAGUGGUCGAACCGAAUAUGAAGCAACACAUAAAAGUAGAUUGCGUCGUACAAGUACAUUUGAAAGGCGCCCUAGCAAACGCUAUCCUUCACGACGGCAUUCCAUGAUUAAAGGUCCAAGUGCCAUGAAAUAUGGACACCCCAGUUCACAGAACAAUGCAGGAAUUUGUGGAUACCAGACUCCAUUUAUGUGCAACAUACCCCCUGUACAACAACACUGGCAUUCCAGUAAUAUUAGCCAUCCUUUGAUAGCACCAUUAUUAAACAGCACCGAUCUACAGCAGUUCAGCGUAGAAGAGAACGGUGGAACACCAUUCACUGGGAAAACUGGGGGAAGGCAUCACCACCCCAACCUUGGUCUGAUGACUUUGGAGUUGGAAGACACAGAUGCUUAUCCUGGAAUGCCAAGCCCAAGCAAGUUGAGCUCAACUGUUCUUCCACACUAUGAGGAGGUUGCCAUAUGUUUUAAGCAGCUAGAAGUUGAAGCUGGUAAGCUGACUGGACAGUGGCCCUCAUUACAUAUCAACAUGAAUAACAAGGGUGAGGAAAAGAAGCUUUUAGAAAAGGGGCUACAUUCUCCUGCAUCACCCUCUUCUGUCCCUGAUCAGAUGAAGAGCAACAUCAUUAAAGCCCAGAUGGAUGCUGCACUGAAGGUCGGAGCCCAAUUUAAAAAAGAAGAGCCAGUUCUGAGCAGCCAAACUAAAUCCUCAGGCACACCAGUGGACAGUGUAAGGUCUGUAGAGCCACCUCAAGACAGUAUAUCAGUAUCUGGAGUUCAGGAGAAACAACGGCCAAAAGCUCCACGCCUAAGGAAACUUACAAGACAGUACAGCUUUAAUCACAGUGAUGAGGAUGACCUGCCUCCUGCAUUAGCGGCAGCCACUCGAAACAGCCCUCCCCCAGUCAGCAAACAAUCCAAUUCUGAUGUUCAGUUACAAUAUCCCACCUGCAUUAAGAAUAGUUUGGAAGAAGAUCACACAGAGUUGGCUUCUCCAGGAGAUCUACUGAUGGACUUUACUGAAGCCACUCCUCUGAUAAAGACUGUACCAGCCCAUCCUUUUUCACCUCUGCCACAAUUUCCUGUUGAGUUAGCAGAUAGCCUAUUGCAGUGUUAUGACUUUCCACCAUCUCCAGGAAAACCCUCACCAGUAAUGCCUUUGCAUGUGGGUCGAGCUCCAAAUGAUAUAUCAAAAUCAUCAUCAGUGACAUUUAUACAUGCAACUAGGCCUCUGACUAAUCCAGGAAAAUCGUCAGUAACAACUGUGCAUGCCAUGAGGCACCUGAAUGAUCCAGGAAAGCCUUCAUCAGUAUUGCCUUUGCAUGCCAAUAGACCCCGGACUGAUCCAGAAGUAUCAUCAUCAGUAAUGCCGUUGCACGCAAUUAGAUAUCCAAGUGAUCCAGGAAAGUCAUCAGUAACACCUUUGCAUGCAGCUAGACAUCUAACUGAUCCAGGAGUUUCGUCAUCAGCAAUGCCUUUGCAUGCAAUUAGGUAUCUGAGUGACCCACUCCCACCAGUUCAACAUACUGCAUCUCCAACAGACAGUGCUGAUAAUGUGAGACGUGAACUGGAUCGAGAGAAGAUAAUGAAACGUCUUUUGAUGACAGAACUGUGAAAGCGCAGCUUGGAUCGACUUGCGAGAACUGGACCAAGGCCUCUGUGUGCCUUUUGUCUGUUUACAUUCCUUGGAUGUCAGACAAAGCAGCUUCAAUGUUUGCAGUCUGUUAAACUUCAUUGUGAUUCAUAAGAACAUUUUUUGUCAUAUUGAACUGGAUGUUUACAUUACUUUCCUGCUUUAAUCAGGAAAGAGAUGCUUUACAAGGGUCAACACAAACUUAUUUUCCGAUACUGCCUCUGUAACACAUGUCACCAAUGCAAAAAUGUGGAAGGUUUGCUUUAUUGAAAAGGCCAUUCACAAGAAGUGCUGUACACAGCUUUCUUUAAAUAUAAGAAAUCAAAAUCUGUAUAUAUUUGCACUAUGCGUUGGAGAAUAUUUUGAUAGGACUAUGGAAAAGUCAUUUUGUACAACCAGAGCUAAUUCUGAGCCAUUACAUUUUGCUGGUCUAGUUUUAUCUGAAAGAGUAAACUUACAAUAGAUCUAUCGGUAUUUUUAAAAUAAAAGCUCUGCGGCCACCUUAAUACCAAAAUUCAAACUUAUUGAACAAAGUUGCAUGUCUUCACAAUAUACUCCCACAUCUAGGUAUAUUUUAAAUUAAGACAAGACCUUAGUGAAAUGUUUGUGCCUAAGAUGCAAUUCGUGGAAUGAUACAGCACAUGAAUGAGAUUUUGGGCCCAUCCUGCAGACAGAUAAAUGAAAGAAAUUCUUAGAAAAAUACGAGUGAACCUGUUUUGAAAGGAGAGUUGACAAAGAGCCUUGUAUAAAAUUAAACCUACAAUGUUUUGAAAUAAUUUGGAGGAAUUGAAUCAAGUAGGUUAAUAUUUACUGUAAAACUAGACAUUUUUGCCAAACAAUAGAUUCCUGUAUAGCUAAUGUCCACAUUUUUAUUGCUAAUGUUCAACAUGAGUAUUGUGUAAAAUGGUAAAUAAUUGGAACAAAAAAUUAUAUAAAAAUAUUUUUUGGAAAGUGAACUUAAGUUUUUAAACUUAAAUAUUGUUAGUGUUCUAACUUACUGUUAGGUUAAACAAACACGACCAUGUUGAUGCAAAACUGUUUAGUCUUACUAUACAGCUCUAUUUCUAAUAGUAAAACGUGCUUGGCCUGUUCUGGUUUGUAGAAACUCCCAAGAUUUUCCUUGGAAGGAGUGUUUCUGCUCUUAGUCUGUGUAGCUUUGGCAGAAACCCCAGACAUGCCAUAUUAACUUGGUUCCCACCAAAACCAUAGCAAUGAAGUGGGAGGGGGAAAAGAAAUCUAAGGAAUUUCCCAGUGCUGAUGUCUUGUGAGAUAAUUUAAUUUGUAAAAUUGGAUGAUCCUCUUUGUCAAGUGUAUGGGGAAAUACUCCAAUAUUAAGUGACUUGCAUGUUGAGAACAGUAGACGCCUUCAAUGGUCCAAUUACCAAUUUCAAGAACAGUGUCAACUAUAUCUUGCUGAUGAUGUCUAUAAUUAAGAGUUAUGCCAAAAAAGAAAGGCGCUGUGAUUUAAUGCACGAUUGUAAAUAAUACUUUUUAAAGACAAGGUUUGUCUAAAACUAUGAUUUUUAAAGUUAUGUGGUUUAAGAUGUGAAAUUGAUUUUUUGUAACUUAAGACAAAACAUAAGAUUAAUAUGGUAGAAAGUUAGGAGUACUCACUUUGGGAGUUACAUUAUGUGGGCCAUUUAGGUAUCAAGAGCAAAGAAAUGUGAGGGUGUAUACUAAACAAUAUCAAAUGAUUUAUUUGAGGUCUCUCAAAAUCUGUAUAUAAAGCAUAAUUUUGGGUCCUGCAGUAUUUUAUGAAUUUUGUUUUAAUUUUCAUGGAAACUGUGUCUUUGUUUAAAGAAUUCCUUUGAACAAGUUUCAGGACACCGUUUCCCUCAGGCUUCAGUACCACAUAAUCCAAAAUACUGCAAUGGCAAUCAUUCACUGAAAACAGAUAUAGUUCAACUUGACCCUGGAUCGUAUUUUAAUUAUGAAAUAUUGAACAGAAUUGGAAUAGCGAUGACACUGAAUAUUUGUGAUUCAGAUAUACAGUAGAAACAUCAGAACAGCUAAGUGCAAUGGCCGUUUUACCAUUAUGUCGGGCAGUCCUCUAACAAUAGUGUUUUUGCCAUUUAAUGAAAAGAUACUGGAGACAAUUAAAAUUCUGAACUUUAGAAAAUAUUUUCAGGAGAUGCAAAUAACAUACAAUGUAGGAAUUUUGCAUAAAAACACUGCUAGAAAUGUGUAUAUCAGUUACCAGGAAGAAACUAAUGCUUACUAAAAUGUAACAGUUAUAACAUAGAGACUGGCCAUUUGAACUAAUCCAUCUGUUGGUAAUUACCCCUCUCAUGACCAAUAGUCUAAUCUAAUUGAAUCACCCUGGUCUGUCAUUUCUUCCAACUCCUGUUGGUUCUUCCAUUAUUUCAAACUAAUCUAAGUAAUUGAUGUAAUUUUUGCUUCAACUACUACCAUGAAAAUAAAUUGUACAGGCUCACUACUCUUUAAAGAAAGCUCUUUUUCCCUAACUUCUCUUAGACUUAUGGUUCCUUGAUCUCGAUUCCUCAAAUACUGUGAUCGCUCUGCUUUGACAACAUCUCAUUUGUUCAGAACUUUGAACAAUUCUAAUAGAUUGGCAUUUUGCCAAAACUUAUUUUUUUUCAAGUAUUUUUCAUAUAUACAUUUCCUUACAUCAGAGAGAAUCCUCAUGAAUUCUGGAAAGAAUCAAUAUCCACUCUAUAAUGCAGAACUCAGUACUGCAUACUAAUAAGGUUCAUCCUUAUUUUGUGGCUUUAAUAUUCCAACAAGUUCGUAAGUCAGAAUUGUAGGAUAUUGAUUAACUAAUCUGUAUACCCAACAUCUUUUAUUUUUGAAAAAUUGCCACUCUAAUUUGUACCUUUCUGGUCUGAUAGAAGAGGAGCCAUGCUGACAGACAAUUCUGGUCCUUUAUGCAUCCAGCAUCUGCACUUUUUGACUUUCCAACAGGACUGAUGCUAUAGCAGAAAGUCUAGUUAAUUAUUUUCACCUUUCUUUUGCUUGGGAUUACUUGAAGGCAUUUUUAGCACUAAAGUGUAUCUAGAUGAAAAUCACUAACUCAAUAUCAAUCAAGAAUUAACCUUAAUAGUCCAUAUGGCUCAUGAUCACAGUGUGCAUUGCAUUCACACACUCAUUGAAAGGAAAUUAUUUUAAAUAUCAUGUUAAAUUCUGUGCAACAAAGUGAACAAUUGAUUCUCAUGAAAGUCAUAAUGCAGAGAGGAGAACUGCUAUGUUUUCCAGUUGAUUGUGGAAUAGCUAAGUUUUUAGUAGAAAAUGAUGAAUAUUGUAAUUUUGCCACAUUUGACCAAAUAAUACAAUCCCAUCUUUUCAAGAAGUAACAGCUAAACCAAGCUAAUAGAUUGUACCACAGCCAGUUUAGAAACCAUAAUACUUUAUAAAGUAAUGCACUGAGAACCAGUUUAAUGAUAAUCAAGUUAAGAUUACACCUUAUGAGGUGUGUUUUACAGGGCGCCAUGGUACCCACAUCUCUAGCUAAAACAAUCGGUAGGGAGUUCUUCCAUAAUCCCAAUUAUAUGCUUGGUAACUUUGUUUUAUUCACUCCUGGGACAUGGGCAUCACUGACUGGGCCACCAUUUAUUGGCCAUCUCUAGUUGCCCUUC